AUGAAAUAUAUAUUAAGGGCUAAUGUUUUGGGUCCAUCUUUAGGUAGGUGUGCAUAUUAUGAGAAAUCUUUUUUUCUUUUAGUUUCUUUAUAUUUAAUUUUCAGCUCCUAAUUAAACUAUUUUUUCUUUGGUGUGGAUCCUUUGAAAGUUUAUAAAAAGGGCCCUCGUUCAUUUCCUUUUUGCUUUUUUCUUCUUCUCUUUCUGAUUUAAUUUCCUAGCUUUUUUUCUCUUGUAUUCGUUGUGACUAUAGAAUGUGGAAAUAUCAAGCCUUACUUCUUUCAUUGACAAGUACGAUGGUUCUUGGAGCCGUCGAUCUCUCUUCUUUUCCAACAAAGACAGAUCCAACUAAUGUGAAUAUCCCUAAAAUCCCACAAACAACAUCUUAUGAUGUGGCAACCGAGUGUACUUACUAUCAAUCAAACUUUACUUAUCAAAAAGACCAAUGGCCCACCAUCUGGGAUAUUGCUACUAGCAACGGCAUGAAUACCUCGGCUGAAUUUACUCAACUUUAUAACUCCAUUGACUGGUCAAAAGCUCCUAACAUCCCAGUUAGAACAUUAAGUCCUCAAGGUGGCUUGAAUUUGGCUGGUUAUGAUACCGCAAACGAUCCGGCCUGUUGGUGGUCUGCUACACAAUGUACUAAGCCCAAGCAGGAAGGUAUUAAUGCUGAUAUCGUCAACUGCCCAGAACCAGAAACUUGGGGUCUUACAUUUGAUGAUGGACCCAACUGUUCACACAACGCCUUUUAUGACUAUCUUGCUCAGAAUAGCCAAAGGGCCUCCAUGUUCUACAUUGGCUCCAAUGUGUUGAACUGGCCAUACGGCGCUCUUCGUGGCUUAAAGGAUAACCACCACCUUUGUGGUCAUACAUGGUCUCAUAAGAUGAUGACUACAUUAACAAACCAAGAAGUACUCGCUGAGCUCUAUUAUACUGCCAAAGCCAUCAAGUAUGUUACAGGUGUUACCCCUCUCUAUUGGCGUCCUGCUUUGGGAGAUCUGGAUGACCGUGUCCGCUGGAUUGCUACACAAUUGAAUAUGACAGCUGUUCUUUGGAACCUUGAUACAUUUGACUGGGCUGCUGGUACAACACCUGGUGUAACUGCCGACACCGUCAAUCAAAAAUAUCUCAACUAUAUUCAGAUGGGUACCAAUGGCACAUUUGCAACUCACGGAAACAUUGUUCUCUCUCAUGAAAUCAACAAUAUGACCAUGGACUUCUUUGUUAAGCAUUAUCCUGAUAUCAAGAAAGCUUAUAAGCAUAUCACUGAUGUUGCUACUUGUAUGAACAUUUCCAACCCUUAUCUUGAAAAAGUCAUUACUUUCCCCAGUUUCGAUGCAAGCGUAACAAAGAAUGCCACACCUGCAACUGGCUCAGGUGUUGUUCCUGGCGCCUCAGGUACUCCUAGUAGUGCGACAAUUCAAGCUGUUAUUCCUGAAUUUAAGGCAUCUUUCCUUAUUGCUUCUCUCUUUGCAGCCCUUUUGGUUGCCUUUUAAAUAUAAAGGACACACAUAAAGAAGUUAUGAUAAUAAUAAAGAGUUCUUUUUUCUAUUUCGUUGUUUCUCCAUUUCUUUUCCGAAGCCCGUGUUUGU